CUGGGGGUGGACACGGGGGUCAAGGUGACAGUGAGCCAGCAGUGUGACCCGGGGCCAGGAAGGACAGUGGGAUCCUGGGGUGCAUCGGGAAGAGCGUUGCCAGCAGGCCAGGAAGGGGAUCCUGCCCCUCUGCUCAGCCCUGGAGUGCCAUGUCCAGUUCUGGGCUCCUCCGGAGAGGCACGGCCAUGGUGUCAGGCAAGCAGCUGGCAGACUUUGGCUACAAGGCGUUCUCGGGCUCCAUGAUGCUGCUGACGCUCUACGGGGGGUACCUGUGCAGCGUCCGCGUCCACCGCCUGCUCCAGCGGCGCCGGGAGCGCCAGGAGAGCGAGCCUGGCCCCCAGAGCUGAGCCUGCAGCGGCACUGGGAGCUGGGAGCGGCCUCACACCCAG